UCGGAUGGCGCCCGCAGAGCUUGCGGCGGGUAGUGCUUUGGGUAAGCGAAUUCGUCUGGUAGUUGGCUCCUAAUUUUCUGUCAAAUCUAGGGUUUCAGCGUUCUUCGUCGGCGUGUCUCUUUUCUCUUCUCCGCCCCGAUUUCUCUCUCAUCACCGCCCCCGGAUCACGCUUGAGCUUCACUGUGAUCCGCCACCAUUUCCUGAUCGCAUCGCGGACCGAUCUCUACUUCUUGUUGGCUGCGGAGGUCGAGCGGAGCACGAUGUCGCUGAGGCCGAGCGAGAGGGCGGAGGUCCGCCGGAACAAGUACAAGGUGGCCGUUGAUGCGGAGGAGGGGCGUAGACGGAGGGAGGACAACAUGGUGGAGAUCCGUAAGAACCGUCGGGAGGAGAGCCUACUGAAGAAGCGGCGGGAGGGGAUGCUGACUCAGCCCCUCCCUCAGACUGUGCACACCUCCGCGGUGGAAAAGAAGUUGGAAAGCCUUCCGGCGAUGGUGGGGGGUGUUUAUUCUGAUGAUAGUUCUAUGCAAUUAGAAGCAGUUACACAGUUUCGAAAAUUACUUUCUAUAGAAAGAUGCCCUCCGAUUGAGGAGGUGAUACAGUCUGGCGUAGUUCCUCGAUUCGUUGAGUUUCUUAUGAGAGAAGACUAUCCUCAACUUCAGUUUGAAGCUGCUUGGGCUCUCACCAAUAUUGCAUCUGGCACUUCUGAAAACACUAAGGUUGUCAUUGAUCAUGGUGCAGUUCCAAUAUUUGUUAAACUUCUCAGUUCCCUGAGUGAUGAUGUCCGUGAGCAGGCGGUAUGGGCCUUGGGAAAUGUUGCUGGGGAUUCCCCAAAAUGCAGAGAUCUUGUCCUCGCCAAUGGUGCAUUGUUUCCACUCCUUCAACAACUGAAUGAGCAUGCCAAACUCUCCAUGUUAAGGAACGCUACAUGGACUCUUUCUAAUUUUUGCAGAGGGAAGCCCCAACCAGAUUUUGAACAGGUUAAGCCUGCUCUUCCAGCCCUUGAGCGUUUAAUUCAUUCGAAUGAUGAAGAAGUGCUCACAGAUGCAUGCUGGGCACUCUCAUACUUAUCUGAUGGGACAAAUGACAAAAUACAAUCUGUACUUGAGGCUGGUGUCUGCCCUCGGCUCGUAGAGCUACUUAUUCAUCCUUCACCUUCUGUGCUCAUCCCAGCACUUCGCACUGUGGGUAACAUUGUGACAGGAGAUGAUCUACAGACACAGUUUGUUAUCAAUAAUCAAGCACUUCCAUGUCUCCUCAACCUCUUGACUAACAAUCACAAGAAAAGUAUCAAGAAGGAAGCUUGCUGGACAAUAUCAAACAUAACAGCAGGAAACAAGGAACAAAUACAGGCAGUUAUAGCUGCGGGUAUCAUCAGUCCGCUAGUGAAUCUAAUGCAAACUGCAGAGUUUGAUAUCAAGAAAGAGGCAGCAUGGGCCAUCUCCAAUGCUACUUCUGGUGGUGCACAUGAACAGAUUAAGUUCUUGGUUAGUCAGGGCUGCAUCAAACCCCUGUGUGACCUCCUUGUUGGCCCAGACCCAAGAAUUGUCACUGUUUGCUUGGAAGGGCUCGAGAAUAUCCUCAAGGUUGGGGAAGUGGAGAAGAAUUCAGGUGCUACUGGCAGUGUCAAUUUAUAUGCUCAGAUGAUCGAUGAAGCUGAGGGUUUGGAGAAGAUUGAAAAUCUUCAAAGCCAUGAUAAUACUGAAAUCUAUGAGAAAUCUGUGAAAAUUCUCGAAACUUAUUGGUUAGAGGAGGAAGAAGACGAUGCAAUGCCUGCUGCGGAUGCCGCUCAAACCGGAUUCCACUUUGGGAACAGCAACCAGAAUGUAGCUCCUCCUGGUGGAUUCGACUUCAGCUAAACUCCAUCCCGAUCAGUAUUCUUAAAAUAAUCACGACUGAAGAGAAGCACACCCUGCAUGGCAGUCGACAAUUGGAGAUGUUUCCAGAUGGACAAUGUUAGGCGAGUCGGGUCAUGUGUUCAGUUCAGGUCAAGUCAGUCUAGUCCAUGAAAGGGACUCUGACGUACAUGGUGGUUGUUGCAGGUGAUUGCUACGAGUUGAAGCUUUUCCUUGUCAGAGUCAAAUUGUUAUUGUUUAAGGUCAGCUGCGUCUUCAUAUUUGUGGUUCGUCGAUUCCAGUUGAGUUUAUAGUGUAGUAUUGGCAUACAAAUCUUUAGUAAAGUGGAUUUAUUUUACCCAUCGAAAUAUCCAAAAAGUAUUUUUAGGUUGUUCCUUUCCAUGCA